AUGUCUGCUGAAAACAUUGAUAUCCCCGUCUACUACGAGCAGCUCGACGACAUCGAGGAUGACUUCGAGCAGGUCGAUCUUGAGAUCUUGCGCCAGCAGGACAAGAUGACCCGUGACCUCUACGCCAAGCGUGAGAAGAUCAUCUCUCAGAUCCCCAACUUCUGGCCUCUCGUCUUCGAGCACGCCCCUCCUGAGAUUGACGAGUACAUCCAGCCCACCGAUGCUGCCGUCAUUGUCGCCGGCCUCAAGAACGUCUCUGUUGAGCGCUUUGAGCUCCCCAGCGGCAGCCCCCGCAGCGUCUCAAUCAAGUUUGAGUUCUCUGAGAACGAGUACUUCGAGGACAAGACCAUUGAGAAGAAGUUCUGGUGGCGCUACGCCAAGGACGGCUGGUCCGGCUAUGUCUCCGAGCCCGUUGAGAUCAACUGGAAAGCAGACAAGGACCUGACCAACGGUCUGCUCACCCUCGCCAAGAAGGUCUUCGAGGACGACAAGGCCGGCAAGGUUGGCCAGGAGACCGAGAACAAGAAGAAGCUGCUCGAGAAGCUCGAGAACAAGAGCCUCGACGACAUCAGCUUCUUCAACUUCUUCGGCUUCCGCGGCCGCUUCAUCUCCGAGGAGGAGAGCCGAGAGGCUGAGAAGGUCGAGAACGAUAAGCGCACGGCUCGCAAGGAGGGCAAGGAAGUCGAAGAGGAGAAGAUGGACGAGGAUGAGGAGGAGGACGAUGGCGAGUACGAGUACGAGAUCUUCCCCAACGGUGAUGAUGUCGCCCUCGCCAUUGCUGAGGACCUCUGGCCCGGUGCCAUCCGCUACUUCCAGGAAGGUGAGGAGCUCGCUGCCCUCAGCGACAUGGACUUUGAGGACGACGACGAGGAUGAGGAUGAGGAGAUGGGCGAGGGUGCUGAGGAGAACCCUAGCAAGAAGCGCAAGGCUUAG